AUGGCAUACUUAGCGACAUCUAGCUAUCUAGUCUUGUCGCUAGUUGCUCUGGAUAGUAUACCUGCUAUUCAGAGUAUCGUCCACCGCAUUUCUCGCAAAGCCCGUGAUUAUGAGCCCAUCCAAUUAGCCAAACAUGUGUACAGCGAUGAAGAUGGAGAAGCGACCGAGGAAUCCCUCCGAGCUUUCUCUGAUAAAUGGCAAAGAGUUUUCAUCGCCCUGUUCUCCGUCGCCGGGUUUCUGGUGACUCUCGCACUGGCUGUUCUUGCGACAUUGAAGCUUACCAUUACGAAUUCCACGCCAUUGAUUUGGCUGCAGUUCGGAGUAUGGAUUCUGCUCGCUAUUCAAGCUAUUGCUUUCUUCACCGAGCCCCGACCCACAAGCCGAUAUGUUCUCGGCCAUUUUGCUUUCUGGGGUAGUAUCAUUGCCACCGUAGUUCCGAGCAUCGAACUGGGAAUCUUGGUAUUCUCUCAACUCGAACUUCUCCAAAGACGAGUGUGGGUCGGGCUCCAAUUGGGACAGAUUGCUAGCGCUGCUCUUCGUGCCAUAUUCUGUAUUCUGCUACCACGUCGUCCAGAUGUUUACCAUGAAGAUAAGCUGGUUGAGCGGGAACUUUCAGUCUCCCUAUUCAGUCGCUUCACUUUCAGCUGGGCCAAUGGGUUGCUAAACUAUGCCGUGGAGCACAAGACCAUGGACCUCGAGGAUAUUCCCAAACUUACAGCGUCAAAACGUGCUGAUUUUCUCCGUGAGAAAUUCGAAAUUGCCCGACAGAACCGGAAAUUAUGGCUAGCGAUUGUUUUUGCGCAUUUGGGGCCACUGAUAGCCCAGACCAUACUUAGUCUGCUGAUUUGCUUUCUGAGCUUUGGACCCCAGGUCGCCCUGUUUCAGAUCCUGAAAACACUCGAACUGCGCGAUACUCCGGACUGGAAUGUUGGAGCAUCGUAUGUUUGGGUCCUGGCUCUGGGUGGGUUAUUGUUCCUUGCCUCAGCCAUCGAGUCAUGGCUGUUCUGGGUGGUCUACUCUAAAAUUGGAGUUCCCAUAUUCGCAGAGCUAUCAGCAGUCAUUUUUGCCAAAGCCAUGCGUCGGAAGGAUGUGAAGUAUACAAAAAAGUCCAAAACGACAAAUGAAUCCGAUAGUUCCAGCAAAGGAUCCGGGGAGGCCGACGACGAUGACGAGGAUGCAUUGAAGAAAAGCCGCCAGAGUAUUAUCAACCAUGUGGCUGUGGAUGCUCGCCGGGUUUCCGACUUUGCCUCUUUCAACUACAUUAUCCCGCAGGCGCUCUUUCGCAUCAUUAUCGGUGCCUCCUUUUUGGUCCAAAUCCUCGGCUGGCCCAGUGCCUUCGCCGGUCUUUCAGUCUCUCUUCUUGUGACACCACUGAAUGUUUACGCAGCUAAGAAAUAUUCAAAUGCCCAGGACCGAUUGAUGAAAUUCCGUGAUCAGAAGCUGGCAAUCGUUACCGAAGUGCUGCAGGGCAUUAGGCAGAUCAAAUUCUCCGCAUUGGAGGAGCAAUGGCAGAACCGUGUCCGGGAGACUCGAGAGACCGAACUUGGCGCAUUGUGGGCUUCCUUCGUAGCUGAUAUUGGCCUGCUUGCGAUCUGGGUUCUCGGUCCCGUCGGUUUAUCCGCCGUUUCAUUGACUACAUACGCCAUUAUUAAUGGUACUUUGUCGCCUUCUGUGGCUUUCACGGCUAUGGCUAUCUUCAAUUCUCUCGAAGCGUCGCUCGCUAUAAUCCCAGAGCUUACAUCGAUGGGCUUGGAGGCGAAGGUCAGCUCGGAGCGUAUCGAUAAAUUCUUAGCUACGUCCGAAAGAAUUGUCAAUACUGUCCCUGCUGAUUAUAUCGCCUUUGAAGAUGCCUCCGUUGCAUGGCCUGCGGAGGAGGAAGAUAUCGAAGAUUCCGAGGAUCGUUUCAUUCUGCGUGACAUGACCUUGAAAUUUCCGACCAAGAGUCUAAGUGUGAUAUCGGGUAGAACUGGGUCUGGAAAGAGCCUCCUUCUCUCUUCUAUCCUAGGUGAAUGUGAUGUCCUCUCCGGGACAAUCAAGGUACCCGUUACACUUCCCAUUACAGACCGAUUUGAUCACCUUGCGACAAAGGCAGAUUGGAUUAUCGACUCAGCCAUCGCCUAUGUUGCGCAGAUGCCCUGGAUCGAAAAUGCUACGAUCAAGGCGAACGUUCUCUUUGGACUACCAGACGACCCAGAGCGCUACCGAAAGGUCAUCUCUGCCUGCGCUCUGGCAAAGGAUUUCGACAUGCUUCCAGACGGCGAUUUGACCGAUAUUGGUGCCAAUGGUGUCAAUAUGAGCGGUGGUCAACGCUGGCGUAUCUCCUUCGCUCGUGCAUUAUACUCUAGGGCUGGCAUACUUAUCAUGGAUGACAUCUUCAGCGCCCUCGAUGCCCACACAGGUCGUCAAGUCUUUGAGAACGCUCUCACUGGUGAACUCGGUCAGAACCGAACUCGCAUUUUGGUCACUCACCAUGUCGCACUGUGCCUUCCUCGCACGGAUUACUCCGUGUUGUUGGAGAAUGGUCGUAUCAAAUAUGCAGGGACCAUUGAUGAUCUGAGGGAAUCACAUCAUCUAGAGGAUAUCCUUCGUGAGGAACAAGCUGCUGAACAAGCGGAUCUUGUAGCAGAAAGUGAAGACCAUGAAUUCCUCAAUGAUGAGGAGACAACUCUCCAAAAGGUCAUCUCGAAUACAUCUCACCGAAGACCGAGUACGGCUGGAAAUGGGGUUGCUGCUGCACCAGAGACGUCUACACCAAAGAAAUUCAUUGAAGAUGAGAAACGGGAAAUUGGUUCUGUGCGAAUAUCUGUUUACCUUGCUUUCUUGAAUAAGGGUGGCUCCCUGGGAUUUUGGUUGUUGACACUCGCGAUCUAUCUAAUGUAUUCGUCUCUCUUGGUUGGACGGUCUUGGUGGAUCAAUAUUUGGACACGUUCAGCGUCCAGUACUCAGGCCCAUCCUGAGCAAUACAGUGUCCUAUUGCAGCAUGCCAUGCAACCGACUGCACCGGUCCAACAAGACGAUGAUCUCUUUAUGUACCUCGGAAUCUACAUUGCUAUCUCUGUCACUGCCUGCAUAAUGGGAACAGUCCGUUACUACUGCAUUCUUUCAGCGUCAGUCCGAGCCUCGAGGAACCUGUUCAAUGGCUUGAUUUAUACUAUCCUCCGCGCGCCACUCCGGUGGUUGGACACCGUCCCAUUGGGACGAAUUCUCAACCGCUUCACAGCCGACUUCCACUCAAUCGAUUCACGAAUCGGGUACGAUAUCGGCUUCUUCGUGAGCAAGGUCCUAGAUGUCUUUGCAAUCAUGAUUGCAGGAGUGCUUGUCGACUGGACGGUGAUCUUGCUCGGCGCAGUCCUAUUGCUCAUAUGUGUAAAACUCGCCCUAUCCUAUCUGGCAGGUGCCCGUCAAAUCAAACGUCUGGAGAGCACUGCGAAAAGUCCAGUGUUUGAGCAAUUCGGUUCUAGUCUCGCUGGACUGAUCACUAUUCGUGCCUUCAGCAAACCAGACACCUACGUCGAAAUUAUGUACGGCAAGAUCAAUCGCCAUGCGCAAGCAUGGUGGACCCUUUGGCUGUUCAACCGCUGGCUCUCAUUCCGCAUGAGUAUCGUUGGUGCUAUCUUCUCAACUGUCACUGCCGGGCUGGUGGUCUAUCUGCCAGGUAUCAACGCUUCGCUUGCUGGUUUCGCUCUCAGCUUUGCGUUGCAGUAUAACAGUGCGAUCACAAUGGCACUGCGACAAUACGCAAAUAUUGAAUUGAACAUGAAUGCCACAGAGCGUGUCAUCGAGUAUUCCAACAUCGAGAUGGAGAACCAAGGAGGAGCCGAUGCACCUGCGGCCUGGCCUACUGAGGGCCAUCUCGAAGUCCACGAUCUCGUGGUGGGCUACGCACCAGAUCUCCCACCUGUAUUGAAAGGGCUCAGUUUCUCAGUUGAGAAGAACCAGCGCGUUGGCGUCGUUGGACGCACCGGAGCAGGCAAGUCCUCUUUGACACUUGCACUCUUCCGAUUCCUAGAAGCACGCUCUGGCCAAAUCUUCAUUGACGGAAUCGACGUCUCCACGAUCAAACUACACGAUCUCCGCAGCCGACUUGCAAUUAUCCCACAAGACCCAGUGCUAUUCUCCGGCAGUGUGCGAUCGAAUCUAGAUCCGUUCGACGAAUACAACGAUACAGAGCUAUAUGAUGCGCUAGCACGCGUGCACCUUAUCUCCGAGGCCGACGACGACGAGCUUACGCUCACAUCGCGCACUGCUACACCCCGCCAGCCCAGUGAAACGGGCGCCACGACACCACCGACGCCCCAGAAGACGAAUUCUAACGCUUUCACCUCUCUCUCGUCGACCAUCUCCGAAGGCGGCCUUAACCUCUCCCAGGGUCAGCGCCAGCUCCUCUGUCUCGCCCGUGCUAUCGUCUCGCGACCCAAGAUUAUGGUUCUAGACGAGGCGACCUCGGCUGUUGAUAUGGAGACCGAUGCGUUGAUCCAGACGUCUAUCCGUGCGGAAUUCGGUCGAAAUGCUACCACCUUGUUAGUCAUUGCGCACCGGCUUAGUACCAUUGCGGACUUCGAUCGUAUUCUUGUUAUGGAUGCUGGAAAGGCAGCUGAGUUUGGUACGCCUAGGGAUCUUAUGGGGAUCGAGGGUGGUGUUUUCAAGAAUCUUGUUGAGAAUAGUGGAGAGAAGGAGGUGUUGGAGAAGAUGAUCCUUGCGUGA